UACGAGACCUUUAUAUUCAAGUUUCGCGGCAACGUCCUCUUUUUUCUUUUCCCUAUCUCUCAUUCUCUAUCUCUCUCUCUCUCUCUCUCUAAACCCUGCCUCUUCUCUUCUCGUGCUUCACCGGGAAUCGGAUUAACCCUACAAGCGGUAAAGAGCCACAUAACCAGUUUCACACUCGGAUCUGUAAGCUAGGGUUCGAUUUUCGCGAAUUCAAUUGGUGUGUAUCCUGUUAGUUUUGAAUUGUUUGAGAUACAUAAAGGACCAAUGGCGCCACCGAGGAAAUCUAGAAGUGUGAAUAAGCAAUUUUCUACAAAUGAUAUUUCUCCCGAGAAAGACAGAGUAAACUCAAACAAAAACAAGCAUCGGAAGAAGAAGUUGUCUGAUAAAUUGGGAUCUCAGUGGAGCAAGGAGGAACUUGAGCAAUUCUAUGAAGCAUACAGAAAGUAUGGGAAAGAUUGGAAGAAGGUGGCUGCCUCUGUACGGAAUAGAUCAAUUGAAAUGGUGGAAGCUCUUUACAAUAUGAAUCGGGCAUACCUAUCUCUACCAGAAGGAACAGCUUCUGUUGUAGGCCUCAUUGCAAUGAUGACUGAUCAUUAUAAUGUGCUGGAAGAGAGUGAUAGUGAAAGGGAGAGCAAUGAGGCAUCAGGAUCUCAAAAACCUAUGAAACGUAAACGCGAAAAAGUUCAGCUUAGUGUCUCAAAGGAUCCUGUACAGUCUCAGUCUGUCAGUUCCAGUGAUGGUUGCCUCUCUCUAUUGAAGAAGAGACGCAUUGAUGGUAUUCAACCUCGUGCUGUUGGGAAAAGGACACCCCGAGUCCCAGUUUACCACUCUUACAAGCAAGAUGAUAGGGAGAAUUAUGUUUCACCUAAUAAAAGAAGCCUGAAGUCCACUGUUGAUGCUAAUGAUGACGAAGUUGCACAUGUAGCUUUGGCAUUAACCAGGGCUGCACAGAGAGGGAGCUCUCCCCUAGUUUCUCGAACACCACAUAGGAGAGAAGAACAGAAGUCCUCUCCUGUUCAGAGCUGGGAAAGAAUGAACCAAAUGUCUAAGACGGCUCGUGCCAAGUUUCGUGAUGUUUCCGUGGAUGAAGAGUUUUUGGAAGGUAGUAUAGAAAGUAGGGGAGCUGAAAAUGGAGAAUAUGUUAAAGAUACCGGUUCCUUGAUGGAUAUGGAAGGCAGGGGCACCGGUGAAGUUCUUCGGAAGGGAGAAAAAAAUUACAGAAAGAAAGAGAGAGUGAAAAAUGUUGGAAAUUAUCAGCUUGAUGAUGGAGGAGAAGCAUGCAGCGGCACUGAAGAAGGACUUAGUUUUCGUUCUUUGAAUUUGAAGGAAAAGAAUAUGGAGGUUAUUAAUGAAAAGUUUGAGCAAUUCACUCCAACAAGUCAGCGGAAAAGAAACAAAAAACUCUUUUUUGGAGAUGAAAUCCACGCCUUGAAUGCUUUGCAAACUUUGGCUGAUCUCUCUCUAAUGAUGCCGACAUCUAUAGUUGAAUCCGAAUCAUCUGUCCCGUUGAAGGGAGAAAGAAUGACUGUUGAUAAAGAUGAUAAGUCUGCUUUACCCGAAGCAACAUCAACAAGUCAUAAGAGAAAUAAAGUUAAACUCUGCGCAGUCCCUGGAGCUGACACUUCAACCUCCAAAAAAUCUAAACUCGGAAAGGAUAUAGCAAAUGAUACCAAUAUUCUCUCUGAAUCAAAAGAGCAGCUUCCGUUUGCUGAUAGAACAUGGAAAAGAAAGCAAAAGUCCAUGGUUUCAAAGGCUGUAGACGAUGAUAACAAACCGGUGAUUAAAGGAAAAUACACUGAUCAGGUUUUUACCUCACCGAAACAAUCAAAGAUGAUCAAACCAUCAGUGAACUCCCUCGGUGGUGAUCAGAAAGAUUUGGCAGUAUCAACUGCUGAAGUUCCACUCUUAAGUGAAGUUAGUUCACCGACUAAACAAAGAAGUAGACGCAAGAUGAUUUUUCAGAGACCAUCCAUGCCUAAAGAGAAGUCCUCUGAGAAUGUAUUGAAAGGUCAACCUAAUAAGUACUUUACCCCAAUGGAAAAGAAGCUUUCUAGUUGCUUGUCAUCUUCUUUGGUUCGCAGAUGGUUUACUUUUGAAUGGUUUUACAGCGCACUUGAUUAUCCAUGGUUCGCCAAAAGAGAAUUUGUGGAGUACUUAAAUCAUGUUGGACUAGGGAAUAUCCCAAGGCUAACUCGUGUUGAGUGGAGUGUCAUAAAAAGUUCCCUUGGCAAACCACGCAGGUUUUCUGAACACUUUUUACGUGAAGAAAGACAAAAACUUGAACAGUAUCGAGAAUCAGUGAGGAAACAUUAUUCUGAGCUGCGUGCUGGUGUAAGAGAUGGACUUCCGACAGAUUUGGCGAAACCGUUAUAUGUUGGACAACGAGUAAUUGCCAUUCACCCCAAAACCAGAGAGAUUCAUGAUGGUAGUGUGCUUACAGUUGACCAUGACAAGUGCAGGAUUCAGUUCGACCGUCCUGAAUUAGGAGUUGAAUUCAUCAUGGACAUUGAUUGCAUGCCUUUGAAUCCAUUAGAUAAUAUGCCAGAAGCUUUGAGGAGACAGUUUGGUGCCAGAAAAGCCUCGUUUAUGACUAUAGAACCACAUAUUAAUGGUAGUUCAAGUUUUGUGGGAUGUGAAAUGCAUGCUUCACCUGCGAAGGUACAUCCCUCUUCAAGUGCUUCAGUAAAGCAAGGAAAGGGGGAUGCAAACCAUGACGUUGCCCAGGCAAAUAUUGAUAACCUCUGUGCACAAGAAGCUUGUGCUCCACCGUGCAAGGUAUUGCAGCAUCAAGCUAAAGAAGCUGAUAUAAAUGCACUCUCUGAACUAAAGCGUGCUCUUGAUAAAAAGGAGACACUGUUAAUAGAGCUUCGAAAUGCAAAUAAUGGCAUAUUGGAAAACCAAAAUGGUAUAGAGUGUUUGAAAGAUUCUGAAGCUUUCAAGAAGCAUUACGCCACGGUACUGGUAGAGCUAAAGGAAGCCAGUGGACAGGUUUCUGAUACCAUGCUUCAGUUGAGGCAACGCAAUACCUACCCAGGCAACUCUCUGCCACCAUGGAUGAAGCCCAAAGCAAAUUUCGAAGUUCAUGAUGAUCUUCCUGGUGUGUUGUUGGAUAGUUCUUUAGCACAAGAGUCUGGGUCAACUGUCAUUGAAAUCAUUAAAGGAUCCAGGCUACGGGCACAUGCAAUGGUUGAUGCUGCAUCUCAGGCAUGGUCUCAAGCUACAAAGGGAGGUGAAGAUGCUAUCACGAGGAUUUGGCAGUCGUUCAAUUCUAUUGAUUCGCAGCAGUUGUCCUCCAAAUACAGGUUACCUGUGAUAAGGUCCCAAGGUCAAGCAAAUGGCAGUUCUUAUCAUCAUAAUCAGUCAACUUACAGAGCAUCAGAGCCUUUAAGUAAUGAUGCAUCUGGUCCAAAACUGCAUAAAGAUGCUGACGGAGAUGAUAUUGAUAUUCCAUCAGAGCUCAUCACUUCAUGUCUUGCUACAUUAGCUAUGAUACAGAGUUGUACUGAACGACUAUACCCUCCUUCAGAUGUGGCUCGGAUAUUAGAUUCGGCCGUUACCAGCCUGCAACCGUGCUGUCCUCAAAACCUUUCUAUUUACAGAGAAGUUCAAAUGUGCGUGGGAAGAAUUAAGACCCAAAUCUUAGCCCUCAUCCCUACUUAGACUUUGUUUUUUCUCUACAAUAUAUUUAGAUGUAUAUAGGAUGCUGAACUAUUUAGUUCGUAUCACAUAGGAGCUCCGCGCCAAUGUACCAAAAAACAACAUAGGAGCCACUAGCCAGUGUACCCAAAAAAAAAACAUAGGAGCCACUCGCCCUUUCGUAAUUUGUCAUUUUUAUGAAAAAAAUAAGUAUUUAAUUUAACAUAUUAAAACCCAAAAUUAUUAAA